CUGGCGCUGCACUGCAGAAGCUCUAACCCAGGCCGGCCCUGCCGAGGCGCCGUGGCCAGCGCCGAACUGAGGGCUGCCCCCGGUCGGUAGUGGCCGGCUUUGGGGAAGAGGGGACAGGGCCCACCGGACCCCACCCAUGACUCCAGUUCAAACUGGAGGAGAGCAAUGGCAUUGAAUAGAAGACCUUGGACGUCAGGAAGUGAAUUAGAAGAGGUGCCUGAAGAAAUGGAUGCUAGGAGAAAACACUGGAAGGAGAAUAUGUUUGCUCCUUUUUUUAGUGCACAAGAUGUUCUUAACAAGGCUUCUCAGCCCCAAUCCUCUCCUGAACAAAUGAUUUUAGAUAAGGUCAAGAGAAUGGAAGGAAUUUAUAAUUUGUCUAGUAGAAAGCUUCAAAAAGAGAAUAAAUUUAAGAGGAAAGAAUUUGUUUCCCAACUAAGUGAAAAAGAACAAGAACCAAAUUUAGGAGAGGGAAAGAUGAACAUUUCAAAGAAUGAAGCAGACACAAACUCUGCCUCCUGUGAAUCAUCUAAUGUUGAUGUUGCAACCGAAGAAAGCUUUAAUAGCACAGAAGACCAUUCUAUCUGGACUACAAAGAAAUUAUUAACUCUACCACAAGAAGACAAGAAGAAAUUUACCAAAGGAAUGUCUCCCAAACUUCGCCUGAAUCUUUUGAAUGAAGAACUGGAAGAACUCAAUAUGAAAUGCAGAAAAAUAGAAGAGGAAUUUGAAAAUGCCGAAAAAGAACUUUUGAAUGCUAAAAAAGAAGUCUCCGCAAAACCCUUAAAUUUUCAAGAAACAGGGAUGGAAACUUCGAAGAAAGACUGGGAACUUCAUGCUUUAAGAAAUGACCUAUCUGAAAAAGCAAUAAAUGUCAAAAACUUAACUGAAGAGCUCCAGCAAGCCAAAGAAGUCAUCCACAAGUUGAGCCUAGAGAACAGAGAUUUAAAAGAAGCUGUGAGGAGGUUAAAGCGUCAGACUGAGGUUGGAACUGCACUUCUAAAAGAAGAAAUGAAAUUGUAUUAUGAAUUAGAAAUGGAAAAGAUCCAUGGAGAGCUCGAUGUCAUCAAGAAUGAACUGAGAUCUGAGAAGACCCUGCAAGCAAGAAAUAACAAGGCCCUGGAGUUGCUUAGAAAACACUUUUCUUCUCUAACAUCAAGUACCCUUGACAGCUUUACAGGGGGAUUUUUUUAAAACAUAAAAAAUAAUUUUUCUAAAAGCCUUCAUUAGACAAAUCAUUGAGCCAAAUCAGUGUUUCUUGUGCUUUCUUUGUGUACUGCUUAAAUGUAUGUAAUAGGAUGUAAUUUUCAUUUUUGGUAAAUCGAGAUAUCUAUAAAAUGUAUAGAUGUUAACUUCAAAGCUUCUGCUUUCUCUUUUUAAUGAAGUUAUUGUGAGAGCCCAAAUGGAAAUGAAGCUUCAGAAAUCUCUUUUUAAAAUUAUAUAUUUCACUCAGACCUGUAGUGAUUCACCAAAUCAUUUAUGAAUACAAAUCAACAGCCAUUUUAUGAUCUUGUGAGCAUUAUGUCCUUGGCACAUGAAUAGUCUUCCAUCUGUGUUCACUGAUGGUAACAAUAAAAAUCUUGUAUAAGUGUAUAAGCAUAA